UUUUAUUUAUUUAUUAUAAAGUCGAUAUAAUUAACCUCACUCUCUACUUCAAGUCUUAAACCUUUGCUCCCACAAGCUCACCUGAAACUCUCUAUCUCUCUUCCUUUCUCUCACCCUCUCUCUCUCUCAUGUUCGGAGUCACGGCAAGGCUCGAUGACCAACUCAGCACCACAACCACACCAACCACCAUUUACAUAGAACCACCCUCCCAAGACCAGCCGAGUCACAACUCGGACCACCGUUCAAUAGAAACACUCGUCGUCGUCUUAGCCGUCAUCACCAUUUUAUCUGUCUUAGCCGGCGUGUUCGCUCGGCUUUGUGGCGGCCGUCAUUUAUCUGACGGCGGAGACCACGACAUCGAAGGUUGGGUUGAGAGAAAGUGUCGUAGCUGCAUUGAUGCCGGUGUUCCCACUGUCGCCGCCGCUCCUCCACCUCCGCCGCCACCGGCAGCAGCGGCGGAAGAGCAGAGUAAGCCAGCAGCCGAUGAUCAAACCAAGAAGUGAAGUAAAAAAAGGGAUUCUUCGAUUUAGCUUUGACAUUAUGUAUUAUCCAUUAAUUUCGAGGACAUCUUCCUUUUUUUGUUAUGUACCUUAAGUCUACGGACAUUGAUUUCGGAAUUUCCUCGGAUGUUUUCUGAUUAUUAUUUCUUUCAAAAGAAAGAAAAAAGUAAAGUUCUUUGUGUACUUUUAACU